CGAAUCCCCUGUAAGAGGCAAAUGGGGAAGCGAAUACGAAGAGGCAGCUCGAUUUGCUCCUGUUCUUCUCCCCGAUCGAGUUCUAUCAAUCCAAACUCUAUUUUCUCCUGGUAUGAGGAGGACAUAUGGACGGAGAUCGCGAAAUUCUUGGACGGAAUAUCUCUGGUGAUGCUUGGAGCAACGAAUCGUUGGUUCCAUCACAUCGCCAUGCAAGAAUGCGUAUGGAAGUUUGCAUGUUUGCGAGAUCUUCGAGUCCCGCAACCCGAACACGUGGAUUUCAAGUGGAACAAACUUUACACCUCAGCUUUUGAUGGGAGUCACUCUUACUCAUUUCAUCAACAAGACAAACACAUAGAUUGGAUGAGAAUCGGCGCGUUUUCCUUUGUGUCAACGGUUGCCCUGCUGACGGAGAAGCUGUCCUCUCCUGUGGCAAUCCCACAAGGAGGAGGCACAGAGCAAAUGGCGCGGGAAACUGGUUCUUGUGUCUUGAGCAACAUUAAAGCGGGAAUUUGGAUAGCCGAUCUACAGCUCGUAAGAUGCCCUGCCUGCAACCUCAUCACAUGCGAAGGAACGAUGCAGACGUUAGAUGCAAGGCACAUAGAGCUUUUCCUAAACGAGGAGUACAAGAAAGGGAGCUGGCAGUAUGAAGAAAUUGGAUGCCACGAAAUAAACAAGCACACAGACGGAGCCAUGGCAGGCAUUUUUGACAUGAGGCACCUAAAGGAUUCUUCUACCUCUGGGGUUUUGGAUCUCAAAUCAUGGGUAGGGAAGCCCAACGAUUGGCAACCCAGGGCCCGAGUUACUUCACAUGCAGUAGCUGUGAACACCAACUUGCAACAGAAUGAAGGAAUUCAUGUAAAAUACCAAGCAAUGAGGGCAGGAGCUGGAGGUGAAAUUGUUUCAAUACGAAUCUCUCAGCAACUUAUCUGAUAACCCAGAUAAUCCAGAAAUGAUGCAACUUCUUGACAAUCAAAAAGUGUAGUUUGCAAUGUAAAGAGUACAAAAAAACCAAGUUCAGGUGCUUUGAUUUGUCUUUUAUCCUGUCCUGAGCAUGCA